CUCACAGCGAGACCCAAGCGACACCGCUUGCUGUAUGUAGCUUACAAAAACACCGGCAUCUUUUUUUAAAAAAACCACCAAAACACAGUUACGUUUGAAUCAUGCACCAUAGUGUUCAGUAUGUCUCGGUACUGACUGUUGUGUUGUUGCUGAAGUCUGCUAACAACUCACCGAUUACCGCCUUCAGCGCGUCUGAAGUUGACGCAACGGAAAACGAGGUCGUGGAUGUGCCGUGUCUCUUUGGUAGACUGAACUGUGACGACCGCUCCGGGAACAGCGAUGGACUGAUGGGCCGCAGUCUUCAGAAAAACAGUUCUCCGGUGUUCAGCGACAGAACAACAAUAUCGACGACCGAGAGAGGUGCCAGCAACGACGAUGCCGAAGAAACAUCCGUAGCUCGUGACGCAAGAGGAUACAUGCGGCGCGCAAGUAAGGUGAUCGCGCCGCUGGUGCUGGGUUUCGUGCUCGCCAGUGUGGUGAUGGGCGGCGUGACGGCGGUGAAGCUGUUCCUGGUGAAGGCUCUGCUGCUAAGCCAGCUGGCGCUGGGCGCGGCGCUGCUGCUGGCCGCCAAGUCGCUGCUCUCCGCCGUGGGCGGGGGUGGCUACCCCUCCCACCAGCCCUACCUGCACCACGUGCAGCCGAUACACCCGCCGCUGGUGGAGCCCUCGCCCUACCACCACAACCCCUAUGCAGCUGAACAUCACUUCGCUCCCUCUAUGGAGGGAUAUCCCGACUAUGGCUACCAAGCAGUUGGAAGAUCACCAGAGGCAGUUCCAGUGGAGCAAGAAGAUCUUCAAGCGCACUAUUCCAAUCAAGUGGCGGCAACGGCGCCAGCUGCCGCUGGAGCGCGGAAUGCCACCUCCAGGAUGGACGUGAGGCCGUUACCAACAGGUGGCAUCACCCUGGUCAAGAGCCAGUCACACCACGCGCCUGUGGUGGUCUACCGCAAGGUGGUGUCCACGGGACGUGCUGCCGCCAGUUAAGAACACGUCCGCGAGAUGCGGGCCAUCAGCCCUCUGAGUCUUUCAUUUAUACCCUUAUUUAUUAAUAUAUUUAUUUAUUUAAUCAUCGAAUAAACUAUUCCUUUCCUCACAUUUCAGCAAGUUGCCCUGAGAUAACAUUUAAUUCCAGGGAAUUAAAGCAACGAAACAUCUGCUUCAAAGAGUCGUUAUGUUGUACGGGCGGGCUGCCAUCAGUUAAGACCAGCACUCUUGUGUCUUUCGAUUAAACACUUAUUUAUUUACUUAUUUAAUCAUCGAGUAAUUUUCUCUCAGCUCACAUUUGAGCAAGCUGGCCUGAGAUAACAUUUAAUUUCAGGAAACUGAAGCAACUAAACAGCUACUUCAAAGAUUCAUUACGUUGUAUGGACCUUCGUCUGGAUGCAGCAUAUAUAGUCUCUGUCUUAUACUGAAUUUUGUUUAUUACUUGUAAUAUGUUUGAAAGAAUC